UUUCAGAAAGGUUUUACACCAGCUGCCCCGGUUCAUACCAAUAAAGAAGAUCCAGCUGCUCAAACUAAUUUGGGAUUUAUCCAUGCAUUUGUCGCUGCCAUAUCAGUUAUCAUUGUAUCUGAACUGGGUGAUAAGACAUUUUUUAUAGCAGCCAUCAUGGCAAUGCGUUACAACCGUUUGACAGUGUUGGCUGGUGCUAUGCUUGCCCUGGGCCUAAUGACGUGCUUAUCAGUUUUGUUUGGCUAUGCCACCACAGUCAUCCCUAGAGUGUAUACAUACUAUGUUUCAACUGCAUUAUUUGCCAUUUUUGGCAUUAGAAUGCUUCGGGAAGGUUUAAAGAUGAGUCCAGAUGAAGGUCAAGAGGAACUGGAAGAAGUUCAAGCAGAAUUGAAGAAAAAAGAUGAAGAAUUUCAACGAACCAAACUCCUAAAUGGACCAGGAGAUGUUGAAACGGGUACAAGCACAACAAUACCUCAGAAAAAGUGGCUGCAUUUUAUUUCACCCAUCUUUGUUCAGGCUCUUACGUUAACAUUCUUAGCAGAAUGGGGUGAUCGCUCUCAACUAACUACAAUUGUUUUGGCAGCUCGAGAGGACCCCUAUGGUGUGGCAGUGGGUGGAACAGUGGGACACUGCUUAUGCACCGGAUUGGCAGUAAUUGGAGGAAGAAUGAUAGCACAAAAAAUCUCUGUUAGAACUGUGACAAUCAUAGGAGGCGUUGUAUUUUUGGCGUUUGCAUUUUCUGCACUAUUUAUAAGUCCUGAUUCUGGUUUUUAACAAGCUAUUUGUUCAUUUGUAUUUAAGAUAGGUAACUCAUGUCUUUAUGUACAUAGUGUACAGUAUAACUAAAAGUGAUGGAAAAUACUGUAUUUUGUAGCAUUGAUUUGCGAGUUUGACCCAUUUAAUGAAAGUAUUAUGUCCAAAAGAAAUAAUCAUUGAUUCUUUGCAACAUGGAUUUUUAAAAGAAAGCUGAUGUCUAAGUGUGCAAUUUUCUUUUCUUCAGUAUAAUUAUGUUCAUGUGGUCUCCGUUUUUUGAGGGAUUUUUGGCUUUUUUAGGGGGUAUAUACAGAACCACUAUGCGGUGGGGCCCACCACCUGAUUUUCUUUCAGCACUGACCCUUUAUGAGGAAUCUAACUUUUCUCCUGGAUCACUGAUGUGUUUUAAGAUGUUUACCUUAAAAUUUUUCCUGGGAGAAGAAUGAAUGAAUUUCUAUCUAUCUUUUAAAACAUUUCCUCCAGCCAGUACGCAAUAGUUUAAUCAGAAGUCUUUUUAAAAUUAGGUUCUUUGUUUAAAAAAAGAAAAAGAGCAAGAGAAAUGUCUUAAUGUUUUAUAUUAAUUAAUAACAUGACAAGAAUUGUUUGCCAGGUCCAGUCUUCAUUUUUUUAAUUGGGUAGGAAACCCAAUAUAAAAACAGUCAAUAUUUGACAAUGGGGAAUUACCAAAUUAAAAGAGAAUACUAUGAGUGUAUUCAUAUUUUUUCUAUAUUGAAUAAACAAUGUAACAUAGAUGAUACAAUAUAAAUAAAAGUGGUAUGACCAGUG